AUGACACGAGAACAAUAUAUCCUAGCAACACAACAAAACAACCUACCCAGAACCGAAAAUGCACAACUUUAUCCAGUGGGAAUUUAUGGAUGGCGAAAGAGGUGCUUAUACUUCUUUGUCCUUCUGCUGUUGGUUACCAUGAUAGUUAACUUAGCCAUGACAAUAUGGAUUUUGAAAGUUAUGAAUUUCACUGUGGAUGGUAUGGGAAAUCUGAGAGUCAACAAGAAGGGAAUCCGACUUGAAGGUAUAUCUGAGUUUCUCCUUCCAUUGUAUGUGAAAGAAAUUCAUUCCCGAAAGGAUAGUCCGCUGGUCUUACAGUCUGACAGGAAUGUCACAGUGAAUGCAAGAAAUCACAUGGGCCAACUAACUGGACAGCUGACAGUUGGGGCUGAUGCAGUGGAGGCUCAGUGUAAGAGGUUCGAGGUGAGAGCCGGCGAGGGCGGCAGGAUGCUGUUCUCUGCAGAUGAGGACGAGAUCACCAUCGGAGCCGAGAAGCUGAAGGUGACAGGCACUGAAGGAGCAGUGUUUGGACAUUCGGUGGAGACACCACACAUCAGAGCAGAACCAUCUCGAGACCUCAGGCUUGAAUCACCAACUAGAUCUUUGAUCAUGGAAGCGCCCCGUGGAGUCCGGGUGAGUGCUGCUGCCGGAGACUUCAAGGCUGCCUGCAGGAAAGACCUUCAUCUGCAGUCCACCGAAGGCGAGAUCUUCCUCGACGCGGACAGCAUCCGGCUGGGCAACCUCCCCAUCAGCGCCCCGACGUCCUCCCCGCCCAGCCCCGCCGCCCCCCGACAGACCGUGUACGAGCUGUGCGCGUGCCCCAGCGGGAAGCUGUACCUGUCCCCGGCCGGCGCGGGCUCCACCUGCCAGGCCAGCAGCCACAUCUGCCUGUGGAGCUGA